CAGGUGCGUGUGGGUGGACAGGGUGGACGAAUCGCUUAUCGUCUAUCAAGUGUUUUGAAUUCAACGGUUUUGCUGACGGGGAUUCUCUUACGAUUCUAAACAGGAACUCCUAUUUCAAUCAUGGAAGUAUUCGAGUUCAAAAAAUCGCUCCUAGUGCGUCACCAGGAAGCAAGCCACGUCCUUGGUGUCCGGAACGACCCUAUACCGGCGUCCAUGGUUCGGAAAGAGUGGUCUCUGUUUCUCGAGAUCGCAAUGGAACCCACUGGAUGGCAAGCACUUUGGCGGAUCCCUCGGGCUGUGUGCCAGGAAUUGUCCACGAAGUUUCCCACCGUUGUAAUGGGCACAAUUGAAAAGGUACUUUUCGACGAACUGAAGGCUAUCCUAGUGGUGGAAGCUGUCGAAAACGAUGAUCUCCAUCUGCCGGAGAAGCAGCUCGUUUCGCUGAGCGAACUGUGGCCACUGAAACACCAGAAGGAUAAAUUUCUCAACGUCGAUCGAACUGCGGAUUGUAUCGAUCAGUUAAGGUUCUUCUAUCAGCACGUUUGGAGGCCCUGGGAUUACGACGAUGGCGAUGAUCGAGACUGGGCCGAGAAGUAUCUCGAUAGUAGAAUUAAAUUUUACUGUGAUCUCAAGAAUAGAACCAUGCCAAAGCGAUUGAAUAGCCAUGUGCUGACUUUGCUUGACGAAGCCAACCAACUGCAGAUGAAACGGGAAUUGCUUACACUUCACAUGGACGAUGAAGAUGAGAACGAUCUAACGGAAGAUUAUCCUACUGCCGAAUUGCUUAAAAUUCGUUUACGACUACAAACGAUCCGCAGUGAAAUUGAUACUUUGGAGUUCUUUGCUCCUGAAAUGCGAGAGGUUUACGAACAGGCUCGUUUUCCAAGGGAAACCUAUUACGAUGAGCAGUCUGAAAGCUCCUUGAAAAGUUCGGAUUCCUCAGUUUUCGUUGUAACUCGCACCGGAAGUCUGGAGGAACAGAUAGACUAUCUGGAGAAAGCUAAGCGAUUUAUCGGUACACAGAGGACAGUGCAGAUUUGUGAUUCCCUCCAGGAUGCUCUUGAUAGGAGCGAAUCAUCCUCCGAAAUUUAUGUCGCACAUGGUCGCCAUAAGAUUAAACUUUGUGGCGAUUUGAGCGCUGGAGGUUCAAUUCAAGCCGUUGGAAGCGAUAGGAGUCGAGCCGUAAUUCGUUCAAGACAAGAUGACAACGCUCUGUUAAUACUCACGGGAGAUUACUGCUUAGAGAACAUCACUUUGGAUUGUUCCAACGUUCAGUCGGGUAUUUUGAUAAAACGCGGAAAUAUCACGUUGAAAAAUUGUUGCAUCUCCGGUGAUCCGAAAGAUGUUGCCAGCAAUGGGAUACUCAUUUGUGGAAAUGCUUCAUUAGUGCUGGAGAAUUGCCAGGUGCAGAACUUCUCCACCGGAAUAAGCGCCAACGUCGACUGUUCUAGCAUUCAGCUAAAAAGCAAAACCAUCAUCCAGGACUGCUUCGAAGGAAUCAAACUAGUCGAAGGGUGUCGACUCGGCGUAAGUUCGUCAAACAUUGUCAACUGUACGAACUAUGGGGCGGUGCUGGAAGUGGAGGAGGACGAUGUCCAAAGGGAAGCGAUUAGGUGCUAUCGCGAUCAUCGGCUGCUUCCGGCCAAUCGAAAGGAGUUUGAUAUUGGUAGUGACUGUCUGUUUGAAAAUAAUGGCUGUGGUGAUAUUGCAAUCGUUAAUAUGUUGGAAGGAAUGGAACUCGGGCGAUAACAUUUUAGAUGAGCGGUUAAUAAUAAAAGUAUAAGAACAUGA